GCUAUGCCAGCUUCAUCAUGCCUACCCUGUUUGGUAUCAUCUGCCUCCUGGGUAUCUUUGGCAACAGCCUGGUGAUCUGCACAGUCUUUAAGAAAUCCAGCCCCAGCAGCAGCGUCCCAGAUAUCUUCAUCAUCAGCCUCUCCAUGGUGGACCUGCUCUUCCUCUUGGGCAUGCCCUUCCUCAUCCACCAGCUGCUGGGCAAUGGAGCCUGGCACUUUGGGGAGACUAUGUGCACCAUCAUCACUGCCCUGGAUGCCAACAGCCAGUUCACCAGCACCUACAUCCUCACUGCUAUGUCCAUUGACCGCUAUCUGGCCACUGUGUAUCCCUUCACCUCCACUCGCUUCAGGAAGCCCCCUGUGGCCAUCUUUGUCAUCUGUGGACUCUGGGCCCUCUCCUUCCUCAGCAUCACUCCAGUAUGGAUGUAUGCCCAGCUCAUCCCUCUGCCUGGAGGGCUGCGUGGCUGUGGGAUUCAGCUGCCAGACCCACAGAGGGACAUUUACUGGUACACCCUCUAUCAAUUCUUCCUGGUCUUUGCCAUUCCUUUUGCCCUCAUCACUGUGGCCUACAGAAGGAUCCUGCUUAGGAUGGCCAGGUCCUCAGAGGCACUCACUGGCCAGAGAGGUGCCAGGACCCGCACCAAGAAAGUGACCCGCAUAGCUAUUGCCAUCUGCCUGGCCUUCUUCAUCUGCUGGGCACCUUUCCAUGUUCUGCAGCUGGUACAGCUAGCCAUGAGUCACCCUACCCUGCCCUUCUACUAUGCAUAUAAUGUGGCCAUCAGUCUGGGUUAUGCCAACAGCUGCCUGAACCCCUUCAUCUACAUCCUUCUGGGCCAGAACUUCCGCAAGAAGUUGGUCGUCUCUGUCCGGCCUGCAGCUGCAGGAGAAGAGGCUUCCCCAAAUGAAGACAAGAAUGCACGAGGGGACCCUAGUGAGUCAGGGCAGCCACUGUUGCACCUGGUCUCUGUCUCCAGCAGGUAGAGAGACCUGAAGGGAAUGGGAGAGCCUCACACAGCCUUGGCCAGGGCUGCUGCACCUGUGCCAGUUAUAAGCAUUCCCCUCCUUCCCUCACUGGACAUGCACAUACAUGGGUGGAUCCAAAAUUUUAUAAAAGGGAAUGCAGGAGCAGCCACUGGUAUGGUAUGGGUGGCUGUACCCCCACUCCUAGCUCCCCUACCCGGGAUGGGCAGACCACACUGCAGGAGCAGCAGCUGGAGUCUUUAAGUCCCCAAAUCAGGUAAGAAUCAGAGUCACUCUCCACAUAAGGAUCCCCUCCCUUCCUCUCCAUGCUCAGCAAUACAGCUUCUCCCUCACAUUUGCUCCCCUGCCACCACCUGCCACUGACACUGUCCCCAGCUCCAGAGCUGCUUCUGCCCCACUCCAGCAGGACUGCAUGGGGAGUCAGGCUCAGCUGGAGACAGAGGCAGCAGCAGCAGCAGACAAGUUACCCCUCCCUGAGUUAGCUUCUGGGCUGCCAGGGAACACUCUGGGGAGAAAUUGGGCAAGGAGGAGGAACCUGCUUGCCACUGAUGUCCCUUGCUGAGCCCAGCUCCCCAUGCAGCUGACGAGCAGGACAGGAGCAGCUCUGGAGGUCCCCCAAUUCCAGAGCAGCUGGGAAGAGAGGCAGCAGCUGGAAGGGGAGGGGGCAAAUGGAAGGAGA